CGGGCGCACACUGCCGAGCCCCCGCCACCCUGCCACCCCGCUCAGGUCCCCAGGCCGCAGCUCUGCCCGCCACGCACGCACACGCCCCUCAAUGACAUUUCUCCAGGGCGCGCGGCGCUGAGCCCAGGCCGGCGCGCGUCCGCCGAGGGAGAGGUCCGCCUUCCCGCGGAGACCCGACCCCGGGCGGCGGCGCAGGGCGCCCGCUCCUCCCGCUGCUCCCGCUCCUCCUCCUGCUCCCCGCCGCCGCCGCCGCGUGGAUGCCAAGUACCAGUUUUCCAGGCCCUUCCAAGUUUCCACUCGGCCCUCCGGCUGCUGUCUGCGGGAGCGGAGAAACUUUGAGGCCCGCGCCGCCCGCCGGCGGCACCAUGAAGUCGGCGGAGGAAGAGCACUAUAGUUAUGCAUCCUCCAGUAUUGGUCCUGGUCUGCCCCUCUCCACAGCACACCCCUCACUGCCAGCCCCAUGCCACGACCUGCAGACAUCGGCCCCGGGCAUCUCAGCUGUGGCGUCAGCAAGUCACCCCUCGGGGUAUGGAGGUGCUGUGGACAGUGGGCCCUCGGGCUACUUUCUCUCUUCCGGCAACGUCCGGCCCAAUGGAGCCCCCGCCCUGGAGAGCCCCCGCAUCGAGAUCACCUCGUACCUGGGGCUUCACCACAACAACAGCCAGUUUUUCCACGACGUGGAGGUGGAAGACAUUAUCCCCAGCUCCAAACGGUCCCCUUCCACAGCCACUUUGAAUCUGCCCAACCUAGAGGCCUACCGAGACCCCUCGUGCCUGAGCCCGGCCAGCAGCCUGUCCUCCCGCAGCUGCAACUCCGAGGCCUCGUCCUACGAGUCCAACUACUCGUACCCGUACGCGUCCCCACAGACAUCCCCAUGGCAGUCUCCCUGCGUGUCCCCCAAGACCACAGACCCUGAGGAGGGCUUCCCCCGAGGCCUGGGGGCCUGCAGCCUGCUUGGCUCCCCUCGACAUUCGCCCUCCACCUCACCCCGCGCGAGCGUCACCGAGGAGAGCUGGCUGGGGGCCCGCACCUCCAGGCCCUCGUCCCCCUGCAACAAGAGGAAGUACGGCCUCAACGGCCGGCAGCUCUCCUGCUCCCCGCACCACUCGCCCACCCCAUCCCCGCACAGCUCACCAAGGGUCAGCGUCACCGAUGACACGUGGCUGGGCAACAGCACACAAUACACCAGCUCGGCCAUCGUGGCCGCCAUCAACGCCCUGAGCACCGACAGCAGCCUGGACCUGGGCGAUGGCGUCCCAGUCAAGGCCCGAAAGACCGCCCUGGACCAUUCUCCCUCGGUGGCACUCAAGGUGGAGCCGGCUGGUGAGGACCUGGGGACCACGCCGCCCACGUCUGAUUUCCUGCCCGAAGAGUUCUCCUCCUUCCAGCACAUCCGGAAGGGCGCCUUCUGCGACCAGUACCUGUCGGUACCACAGCCCCCCUACCAGUGGGCCAGGCCCAGGUCCCCAACAUCCUAUACCAGCCCGUCUCUGCCCGCCCUUGACUGGCAGCUGCCGUCGCACUCGGGACCCUACGAGCUGAGGAUCGAGGUGCAGCCCAAGUCCCACCACCGAGCUCACUACGAGACCGAGGGGAGCCGGGGGGCCGUGAAGGCGUCGGCGGGAGGACACCCCAGCGUGCAGCUACAUGGCUACUUGGAGAGUGAGCCGCUCACGCUGCAGCUGUUCAUCGGGACGGCAGACGACCGCCUGCUGAGACCGCAUGCCUUCUACCAGGUCCACCGGAUCACUGGGAAGACCGUCUCCACCACCAGUCACGAAGCCAUCCUCUCUAACACCAAAGUCCUGGAAAUUCCACUUCUGCCGGAAAAUAACAUGAGAGCCAUCAUCGACUGUGCUGGGAUCCUGAAGCUCAGGAACUCUGACAUCGAGCUGCGCAAAGGGGAGACGGACAUCGGGAGGAAGAACACCAGAGUGAGGCUGGUCUUCCGGGUCCACAUCCCGCAGCCCAACGGCCGGACGCUGUCGCUGCAGGUCGCUUCCAACCCCAUUGAGUGCUCCCAGCGGUCGGCCCAGGAGCUGCCCCUAGUGGAGAAGCAGAGCGCAGCCAGCUGCCCCGUCCUCGGCGGGAAGAAGAUGGUCCUGUCCGGCCAUAACUUUCUGCAGGACUCCAAGGUCAUCUUCGUGGAGAAAGCACCAGAUGGCCACCACAUCUGGGAAAUGGAGGCGAAAACCGAUCGAGACCUGUGCAAGCCAAAUUCGUUGGUGGUCGAGAUACCGCCGUUUCGGAAUCAGAGAAUAACCAGCCCCGUCCAAGUCAAUUUUUACGUCUGCAACGGGAAGAGGAAGAGAAGCCAGUACCAGCACUUCACCUAUCUUCCUGCCAACGUUCCAAUCAUAAAAACAGAGCCCACUGAUGAUUACGAGCCUGCCCUGACCUGUGGACCAAUGAGCCCGCUCCCGAAGCCGUGCUACAGCCAGCAGCUCUCCAUGCCGCCCGACCCGGGCUCCUGCCUCGUGGCCGGCUUCCCGCCCUGUCCGCAGAGAAGCAGCAUGAUGUCACCACCACCGAGUGCCAGCCCGAAGCUCCACGACCUUUCUUCCGCUCCCUACAGCAAGGGCAUAGCCACCCCGGGCCAUGGUCACCUCGGACUUCAGCGGCCAGCCGGAGGCGUCCUUGCCAUUCAGGAGGUGCCGAGACCCAUGGGCGCACACCCCGGCUCCCCCCAGCAGCCGCCGCCCACCCUGCUGCAGCCACAGGUGAGUCCACAGCUGAGCAGUAGCUGUUCCCCGGGUGGCCAGCCAGCACUCUGUCCCAACAGCUCCUCCUCUCCACUACCGUCUGGUACCCAAGAGCCGACCUGUUUGCAGUCCUGCAGCCCAACCCGCCCGUCCGUGAUGGGCCACCAGCAGCACCAGCCGCCCAAGGUUCCGAGAAACGAGUCUGCAGCCACCCAGCCUCUGCCGCUGCCCGAGGUGCGUGAGGACAGUAAUCAUAGUCUGGCCCCCAUUCCCGUAACGGUCAAGCGAGAGCCUCAAGAGUUGGACCAGCUGUACCUGGACGACGUAAAUGAAAUAAUACGAAAUGACCUCUCCAGCACCAAUGUCCAUUCAUAGUUGGCGACCUGGGAACUCACUUAUCGCUGCAUGGUGUCAAUUCGACGGGUGACACUUGAGCUUCGGUGUACAAAGACUUCUGACUAAAUAAACUGAACACACAGCUGGUACCACUCAGAACUUCCAACUUAACAGAAGGUUUAUAUUAUAUGUACAAAGAAGUAGCUCUGGAAGGAAGGAAGGAAGGAAGGAACGAAGGACGGACGAACCACUCCGUCAUCUGAAGGAAAAGUCGUCUCAAGAAGGAAGUGAGGAGAGUGUGGUGCAGUGAGUGCAGGAGACCGACUGCGUGAUGGCACCUCUCCCGGGAGUAACCGACGUGCGGCCUGAGCCCAGCCUACCUGUCAGGUACCCCAGGAUUUCAGUACUGGAAGUGCCUUAUUUAACAGACCACAGCAUCAGGGCAUCAUAGAACUGAGCAUCGAACUGCUACCAGGAGAGUAUUUGUAGGUACCAGGAGAGUAUUUGUAGGAGCCAAAGCUGUAAAACCAUUUCAUCGAGAGGCUUUAUCCUUCGUAUAAAUUAGGAGAAUACUGGCAAGCCGGGCAUUGUGAGAAGAACCUAACGCACUUCCUACUUUUUUCAACUUUUCCUGGGCUGUCGUACACAAUUUUGUUGCCUUAUUCAAUGCAUUUUAGAAAUCUUCCAGUUUGUCAUCUCAGCUCUUUCAUAAUAUCCUUCCCUCCCCUGUCUUACUGAAACCGUAGGAUUGUUAAUUGUAGCAUGCUAGGAUUUUGUUUGUAAUCUGGCUUCAAACAUAGCACAAGAUAGGUUACUGGACAAAAAAAGAAAGCUACCUGUCAUAGGAUAGAUCUUGCAUUUGCAUGUAUGUACAUAUAUAGGCAUAUAUUUAUGUAUAAAUAAUAAAGAACUGAGGUGGUGAUGUUCACUCUUCGCCCGGCGUGGGUUUCUGUGUUAGCAAUGACCAGUAUCCACUUUGGAAAAUGCAUAUAAGACUCCAAACCUGGCUUUUCAGCUACUUCCACGGGGGUCCAUUGCCCCCUGACAGGUCUGCAUUUUCUCACGUCAUGCAGUUAGCCGUGCACUUUAGAAAGCCAGGAGAGCUGCACUCAAAGUACCCGUAUGUUACCAAAUGGCAAAAUUGGAAAGUAACUGUAAAUAACGUUACAAAAGGAGUGUAAUAUAUUUGUUCAGCUGUAAGAUUAUUAUUUCACAGAAGCCUUAUAACUCUGCUUCGUCUAAGAAAACGAUUACCAAAAACAAGGUUUUAAUAUGAGCGACGGUAGCAUGUUUUCAGAUUAGUUACUGUUCACAGAUGGGUUAGUGUGCUCUUUACUCUUGCAUUUUGUACAAUUAACAGCUUAUUACACCCUAUUACUGGCAGUGACCUGUUGUUUCACAUAACCAAAAAGCAUGGUUUAAUUAAAACAUGUUUAACCUAAUAGUUGUGCCUUAGGAAUUCCUGCCCCCUCAUGGAACGUGCCUGAAUUGCACCUGCAGGUGGAGGUUGUAAGUUAUGUCAUUAAACAAUGUUAUGGUGGAGAAAGCUCUCCCAAAGAAAGAAUUAUUUUUAAAAUGUUCUGUACGAUUAUGUCUUACUUUUUUUUAACUCACAGAAAGAAACAAAAAUCUAAAAGCCAUAUCUGUAACAUUUGAACAAAACUGUGAAGAGCUGAAGAUGUAUGGCUGCGUGUAUAUAGGAGCCUGCCCCUCGCAGGCUGCACUCCUGCCUGUUAUCCCAGAAGUUACCCCCCAUCUAGCAUCUAGGAGCUGCAUGAAACCCUUCUUAGUAGACUCUCAUAUGGAAAGGAAAUGUUUGAUAUUGGUGUCAGCUAUCUUUGUAGUUAGACAAUUAGAUACAAUAAAGCAAUAUUUUUUG